AAAAAAUAGAAUAACGUCUACUUCACAGAAUGGCGAAGUUGGUUCACAAUGUGCAGAAAAAGCAGCACAAGGAGAGAUCCCAGACGCUGGAUAGAGCCAGAUUUGGUCUAUUGGAAAAGAAGAAAGAUUAUCGAUUAAGAGCUGCUGAUUAUCACAAAAAACAGGCUGCUUUGAAGGCAUUGAAGAAGAAGGCUGCGGUAUACAAUCCAGACGAAUACUACCAUGCUAUGACAAGAAGAAAAGUCGAUGACAGAGGAAUUUUAAUAACAGACAGAGAUAGUGAAGUGUUGAGUGUAGAUCAAGUUAAAUUGCUCAAGACGCAAGACGUGAACUAUGUGAGGACUGCCAGACUUUCUGAGGUUCAAAAAAUAGAGCGAGAGAAGGAAGAGCUCGGUUUCAGUGCCAGUGGUAAACAUACAGUGUUUGUAGAUUCUCUCGAAAGCCAGCAAUCAUUCAAUGCCGCAGAUUUUUUUGAUACAGAUGCCAGUCUUUUAGAGAAGAGAGAAAACAGGCUAAGAAUAGGCCAACUCCAGAGUGACAAACGGCUUGUUAGUGAAGAUUCCAUACUAGAACAGAGAUUAAAGGACAGGCAGGAUUUGAAGAAGUUGAAGCAAUUUAAGGCAUUAGAGAGAAGAUUAGAGAAGGAAAAGCAGUUGAAAGAAGUUGAAGCCAGAAUGGAAACUACAAGAGAAUUGAUGAAGAAAGGUAGUAAGAAGAAAAUGGUGGAUGCAGCAGGAAAGGUUUCAUUUAAGUGGAAAAACCAGAGAAAACGUUAGCAUCAUUUAUAGCAUAAUACACAAUAGAGCAUUUG